CACCAAGAUAUGUCGCCGGCGAAAUGCAUGUCCUGACAAUAUAACUGGUCAAUGGAAAAUUUUCCGUCACAAGCCAUUGCUGACCACGCCUCCCAGCGCAUCUCUCGCAUACUGUGAUCAAUCCCUAUGGCCAACUAAUCUUGUACUGCACGUUUACCAUUGUCUACCUACCUAGGCAAAUUUCUAGAACUACUCGCUCGUGUAGCCUUAACGCGACCUCAACAGCCUUGCGACUAAGAGGUACCGUGAUGGCAGGCCCCUCGUCGGAUGUAGGCCAUGAUGAUGGCUCCGCGGCAUCGUUCUCGUGGGAAUCUAGUCGGACCAUCGCAGUUGGUCAAGAUGUGUCGGUGCUGUCGUGGGAUAGCGGCAGCGGGCCAUCUCUGCCAUCAGUCGAUGAUGACACUCAGACAGUCGGUGUGCAUUGAUAAAGGAAACGAUAGCCCAACCCAUUAACUAUUGGAUAGGAAACCAUGUCAAUUUCCACAAGAAGUAUACGAUCUUCGACCAUGUCGCUGGAUUCAAGUCUUUACCAUUACGUCCAUGAAAAUGGCCGAACUUACCAUCGAUAUAAAGAGGGCAGAUAUUUCUUACCGAAUGACGCCGCAGAACAAGAGCGAUUAGAUCUUCAACAUCAAUUAUUUAUAAUAACUAUUGAAAACAAGCUCAAUCUAGCCCCAAUACCGGACAACCCCCCGCGAGUCUUGGAUAUUGCGACAGGGACGGGCAUAUGGGCAAUAGAAUUUGCCUCCCAGCAUCCCGAAUCCUACGUAGUCGGGACAGAUUUAAGUCCGAUCCAACCUCAAUUCCUACCAGAGAAUUGCAAAUUUGAGAUCGAUGACGCAGAGGACGAGUGGACAUUUAGCGAACCGUUUAACUAUAUCCACGGGCGGGCGCUGAUGAGUUGUUUCGAUGACCCGGCGGCCGUAGUGAAACAGGGAUUCGAGCACUUGGCACCGGGCGGCUUUAUGGAAUUCCAAGACGGCUUAUUCCCGAUGAACUACGUGGGCGACCCGCCAACGGAGUCAGCACUGUACCGGUGGAACCAGAUGAUGCUAGAGGGUAUAUCACGCCUCGGCCGCUCCUGGUCUAAUGCUCAGAACUAUCAUCGCUACUUUGAGGAAGCCGGCUUUGAGAACAUCGUCGAGAAACGCUUCUAUUGGCCUACUAGCCCCUGGGCAAAGGGGCGGUACUAUAAGACCGUCGCUACGUACUUUCAGGAGGACUUACUCAUUGGUCUAGAGGGUAUAAGCCUUAAGGUGCUAGGAGUGUUGGGCUUGUCGCCUGAACAAGUUCGGGAAUUCAUUGAGGACGUUAAGAAGGAUCUUAUGGAAACUAGUGUUCAUGCGUAUAUAACUGUGUAAGUCUGCCAUUCCCGUGUGAAUAAGAGUCAUCUAGGUGUGGGUUCUUACUGGUUAUAGGGCGUAUAUAUACGGACAGAAGCCAGAUAAUACGAGUCAAUGAGAAUGCAUUUGUUAUGAUGACUACUUGAUCGCCCUGCCAACGCACAUGUUAGAAUGCAACACUGUUUCCUACCGUAAAACGGAUUAACGUUUAUGUUUAUACUAGGUAGGUAAGUAGAAUUAACGGGGAGCGUAUCUCAUCGAAUAACUGCAAAUAGAGAAGAGCACCACGGGUUUUCCCCUUUUAAGAUACUUGAUUAUAAGUGGCAAAGUUGGAG